CAAUGCGAACACGAUGCGGAUCCCCCAUUUGUCACUGAUGGCAGAGGCAGAGUAGUGUGGAGCAGGACUGUACGUGGUCCAUCUCAUGCUCAGGCUCAAGUGGAGGCACGUGAGCGACGCUGCUCGAAUUCUGCUAUCAAAGCUCGACGUCAGACAUCUGAGACUGGAGCAGCUGCGACAGAUGGACGAGGUCGUGUUGUUUCGACAGGA